CUAAAACGGAAAUAUUUUAUCAGUUUCAACAUUAUUAAUAACUAGAGAGUUGCAGAGGCAGUGCACGACUGCAUGUAAACGUCUUCUGCGUCUACUGUUUGCUUCAAAUUUGUUAUUUUUGUACAACUUAUUUUAAACUAAUUUAAAAUAUUUGAUUUUUAAACUAAUGCCAUAUUCAGCUAAGCAUUAUCAGUUUAUGUUGUUGAAACACAUUAUAAAAUAGUUAUUUUCAAUGAUUGGUCUCUAGAUUCACAACUAUUUGUAGGGUUAGAAUAUCUAACCUAUUGAUUUUUCCUGUUCAUUGAAAACUCUCAAUGUUGUCAGUGAUAUUCUCACUUGUGUUUUCUUAGUGUGUAGUUAUUAAAAACAAUGAAACGUGUUAUUAACUUUGUUAAAGGACGACGAGAUGAUAGGAGGGAUCAUAAAUUUGUCAAUUCUCCAAUAUGUGUAGAGAUAACUAAUCCUUCUGGGCAGAAAGUACAAAGUGAAGAUGAGCAUAUUCUUGGUUUACAAUCUGGCUAUGGCUAUCAGGUAGAUUUGAAUGGAAAGGAUAAAAAUAUGACAAAAUUGCAUAAGGCCGCAUGGCAAGGAAAUCUGGAUAAAGUCAAAAUGCAACUGAAGAAAGCUGAUGUCAAUUCAGUAGAUCAUUCUAACAGAACAGCAUUGCAUUUUGCUGUUGCACAGGGACAUGCCAAUGUUGCAUUUUUCUUGCUGGGUGCCGAAGCUCAGCUCAAUUUGAGAGAUUCUGAUGGAAUGACACCUUUUUUGAAGGCUGUAGAAUGUGGCAAUAAGGAAUGUAUUCAUACGUUACUGGAGCAAGGUGCAGAUGUAAACAUUGUGGACAAGAAUGGCAACACUGGUCUCCAUUUGUCUUCCAAACUGGGUUUUCUCAACAUCAGCUCGCUGCUUCUUGUUAAAGGUGCUAACGUCAACAUGUCCAACAAUGUUGGAGAAUUGGCGCUGCACCUGGCGACAGAGGGCGAGCACCGUGAGCUGGUGGCGCUGUUGCUGUGCGCAGGCGCACAUGUGAACGCAAUCGAUCGCGAACACCGAACGCCGCUCAUGCUUGCCGCGCGCUACGGGCACGCCGCGAUCUGCGCACUCCUGCUCGAGAAUGGCGCUUCCCUAGACGCCUGCGACUCCAACGGAUGGACAGCUGAAGACUACGCACUGAUAGGCGGUCAUCAGGCGUUGGCAGUGGAUUUGAAGGCGAAGGGCCCUGCCAGAGAGCAGCUCAACAAACAAAUGGAGGAGGUGGUCAAUGCGAAUAGCUCUGAUGAGGCUAAAGAAGAAAAACCUUGUGAUGAUUGUGGACAAGAUGUUUUUUCUGAUGAAUGUGAAGCAAUAAUUCAUGAAACUGCAGUUGUCCAAAUGAAUGCUCUUGCCAUUGAAUCAAAUAAUGCCAACAAUGAGUUGGACGAUCGCACGAUUCGAGAAGAGGAUGAUGUUGGCAUUGCAAAUGAAGAGAAAGGAGAAAAAAAAGAAGAAGGAGAAACAGUUGAGUCUCCUCGCUCUUGCAUUACCCCUCCUCCUCUCCAGCCUCCUCGUAGCUGGGAUCUCAUUCAAGCUGGAAUGAUUGAUGAGAAAGAGGUUCAAAGAAGAAGUUUGACCACAUUGGGCACAUUGCGUUCUAGGCGAGAGAGUUUCAAUGAAAACAGUAAUAACAAUAACAAUAAUGGUGGAUCAAGUCCUAAUCAGGCUAAUGAUGAUUUGGAAAAAAUAACCGACAUUGUGAAAACAGUGCAAAUUGAGGGAUUGGUUGAUGAUGAGAGUUCAGGAGCAGAGGAGAACCUGCCACUCGACAGAGAUAGAGUGAGGCGGGGCAAGGUAGCUCCUCUCGAACGCACUCCCUCCCUCGAUCUCACUCUCACCGACGAGGAUCUCACUAGAAGCAAGGAGAGCAAGGGAUCAGUUGGUGGUACAUUGGGACGCGAGGACACGCUGCAAGGCUAUGAAGAGAUGUGGGAGAAGAAUGCCAACGUCAGCCAGCUAGUCGAUACACAAAACAACAAUAAAUCAUCCGAUGUAAAUGAGGUGCUUGACACUGGUCAACUUACGACUGACAUAAGUGAACAGCUCGUUCAGAGAAAUCGAGAAAUCAACACAGCGGUCGGAUAUGUAACUAAUGAAAUUUACAGGAUCAUGAUUGAAAAGAACGAAUACCAAUCAGACAGUGCUGAAAAAGUCGUUAACACAUCGGUACAUACGUCAUCAUCGCUUGAUAAUUUAGAUGAUAGAAAGCAGCCAAGGUUUAUUGAAAUGGAAUCUUCCCGAUCGUGUGAUAAUCUAGAUAAUCGAUACAUAACUCUAGAGGAGAAACUGUGCUCCGGUAUUUAUUCGGCAGAAACGCUUGAUACUGAGCCCAGCCUAAAUGAUAAUGAGGGCACACAGUCGUUGGAUAACCUGGAUGAAUCAUCACCUGUGGGAACAGUCAUCAAACGCAAUAUGCACAGGGAGGUGCAGUCACUAGAUACUUUGGAUGAUUGCUGCGAAGAUGACCAAUGCUGCAGACCCAUCAAAAAGCACUCCCGAAACAAAUCAGUGUCCGUUGGACAACACGGUUGGAGCAAGAGUGUCGAUGCUCUUUCCAAACCAUCGAAUAUCGAUAGGAUUCAAAUCGAUACUAAGAAAAUCGAUGCUCAGUUGGAAUGCUAUGAUGAGGCUCUAAGAGAGCUGGCUCAGGUCGAGCUGAUGAAACGCAACUCAUCCGAUCGGUCGUCAGGGGAUUCUAGAAGUGGCGCCUCUUCCAGUUCCAACAGAGUCAACAAACCAUCCAUCCCUCCUCCUCCGCCACAAAAUCUCACCGGAGAUAUCCCGUAUUUUAGUGAAGUGGUGUCAUCAAGUUCCCAGAAAAGUCGUGAGUACUUCAUGAAACCGAAAGACGAAUCUGACUUCAGCAUCAACCAAGAUUCCAGUCCGCUGCCAAAAAUUCUCGACAAAUCCGGAUCAGUUGAUGGUUUAUUAGAUAUGGAUAGGAUGUCCACCAGUGUUGAAAUCACUUCCAUCAAAACCGAUUCUAAACUCAACCAAUCUGAAAACGAUAGUAUAUGCAACCAUGACUUGCCCCCUCCACCUCCACCGCCAGUCAGCAACGAAAUGUUUGAGACUGACUUGCACAUGAACCUAGAAACAUUACCAGGUGACCUGGAAAAUGAGAAUGUUGUGGUUAAUGGAAAAGUGAAUGGAAUGAAAGUGAAGACCGAUGAUGAUACUGAUGACAGUGAUAGUAAACGUGCAAGGGAGGUGGAGAAUCAUUUAUACAAGUUGGAGAAAGAUUUGUAUAACAUUAAUAUGUCGGCAAUUAUGAAGCCUAGAACAACUGAUUUCAAUCAGAAUGGGAUUGUAACACAUCAGGAUAUUGUUGUAGCCAAUGGGGAGAUGCCGCCGUUCGAUAAUAUGAGGAGGAAGGUGUUUGAGAAAGGUGUGAAACAAACAAGUUUUCCGACGCUUGAUAGUGGCUCUAAAGGUGAGGACUCGCUGUCGCCCGCUGAACGGUCGGCUGGAGAGGACAGUCCUCAAGUGCCUCCGCGCUUCAGGAGGUCGUUGAGGAAGGGUAAAUCGGAGAGUGAGGUGUGGAAGGUGAGGAAGGCCGACGAUGAUAGAGCAGGCAGAGGUCACUCCAAACUGGCAUCUGUGCUCAGUGAUAUUGAAGCAAUGUUCGAGGGGAGGCCUUCAAAGGGUCGCAAAAAGUCGGCUGGCAGUGGAGAAAUUCAGGAGAAAUCAGAAAGCGACUCGGAGCUGUGUGAGCGGCCGCUGCGGCGGAAGCGCAAAAUGCUGCUGGCCAUGAGGGGCUUGGUGCCGGCCGGGUCUAAGGACAGUGACGAUGAUGACGACACCUCCACUGGUGAUCCGCCAUUUUGGCUAAGUACCGACAAGGGCGGCCAUUUUGCGCGCCAGGAUACUGUCAUGGCUACGCAGCCCACACGGAUGUCGCAAAAAUCACAAAAUCCACCUGGAUGUACUAGAGCAAGCCAAUCAGGUGAUAGGCCCCCAAAUCUGGACAAAGAUUGGACAUCCAGUGAUGCGGACACGGCCAGUGGAAGUGAUGAAGUUGUCAUUGGAAAUACAUUUUCUUUGGGAAGCCACCAGAAGCUGUUGAAAGAACACCUGCGACAAGCGACCGCAGAGAAGACAUCGCUGGAGGAGACAGUGGCGGCUUUGAGCGAGCGAGAGGAGCGACUUCUGUACGAGUUGGCCGACGCAAGGCAGGCGCUCUCCGCUCGCCAGGACGCAGUGCACAUCCUGCAGACGCAGGCGCAACGCAUGGAGCAGCGCUACUCGGCCGUCAUCGACGAGCUGCAAACGCUGCGACACUCACUCACUAGUGCCGAGGUCGAACUCAAGCACUUGAGGCAGCUCUGCGAUAAGUUGGCAAUGGAAAAAGCAGAUGCUUUGGAGGAGUUGUCUCGAUUGCGUGAUGAUUCAAACCCAGAACAAAAUAGCGUUGGUGUUGCUGAGAACAGGAAAACAUCUUUUGAAGCAAAACCUGAGCAAAUGCAAAUACUGCAACGACAGAAACAAGAAGCAGAAAGGAGAAACGAUAUAUUGGUGAAUCAUUUGGAAGAAGCGAUGAGGCAGUGUGAGAGUGCCAGGAGCGAGAAGGACGCUCUCACUCGCCAAAACAUCACCGACAUCAAAAAGUUACAACAGGACACUUUGUUGUGGAAAGAAAGGUAUGAAGAUUGUCUAGCGAGACUGGAACGAAUAGAAGCAGAGUGCCAGCCACGCCUGUUUGAAGCACAGCGCACAAUCGACGCACUUCGGGCCAGCAUCAAACAGCUGCAAGCUGAAAAGCAGUUCAAUCAGGAUAACUGGAAAGCAAAAGUGAUGGAUGAAAUCGUUUCAAGAAUGAAAAAGAAUCAGAACGCCAGUAAAUUGCUACCAAAAUCUAGCUGUGAUAAGAGAUCAUCGUAUCUGGGAAGCAGCAUGAAGAAACAAGGUUCCAAGUACAGGAAAUGUCGGUGCACUCACAGCAAUUCAUCAUCGUGCGAUUGUAGGGGAGUUGUAAAUUUACGCAAAAACAGCAUUCCUAAUAAAGUUUAUGAUGGCAAAGCAAAUUGUUACAACAAAUUUUGUAAUAUCUAUGAUGCUGCCCAAAUAAAUCUGGACAAAGAAUACCUGUCAAAAUUGUCGUUGCUUUUAGACCACAAUAGGAAGUUACUCGAACAUCUUUUUACAGCGAAAAAGGAAAAGGACUGCAUUCGAAAUGAAUUGUGUGAAAUUAGAAAAAAUAUAGAGUGUGAUUUACGUUGUAGACUAGAUCCUCCUCCUAAUGAUCAAAGUCCAAAUGGAUCAUUGGAUGAAUCGAGAAGUGAUCGAGAAACCGUCAAAGAAUCAAUUAAUGGGUCGGAUUUGAUGAGAAUUGAAAGAAAAUAUUAUUGUUUGUCAAAAGUAAGAACUAUUUUAUCAAAAGAGGAAUUUGAAGUAGAAGGAAUUUUGCGUUCUAUACAGGAAGUUGGUAAAGAUUUGGAAAAUAUUUUGAAUAAUUUGCAGGCACAAAUAGUUUUGGUAAGAAAUUUGAACCAAUUUGAGAAUAGUGAACUUGAGAAUGAAUCAAAUGACAUUCCAAGUCAAAAUUCAACCAUAAAUAGUGCUAGUAAUGAGGAGACAUGUCCUAUUGAUAGGUGUGCGAUGAGGUUCCUGGUUAAAGAACUAGUUGAAAUUAGAAGAGAUCUUCUCUACUUGCAUGGUGAAAGUCAACGCAUCAGCAAAAUGUUGCAAUUCAUUUUUAAACAGAAUAGGAAUGGGGAUUUUCUAUCAGAUGAAUUGAAAAAUACAACAGAGUGUGUUCACUCGUGCAGUAAGCAAAUCCUGAAGUUGAAUUCCGAUGUUUUGAAAAUGCAUAAGAUUAUUCAAACAUUGAUGAUUGAAUUCUCAAAAAGUGCUUGUAAAUGCUCCGGAAGUUAUGAUGAUAAUAGAAAAGAAUCAAAUAUUCUAACUAAAACAAAACCGUCUAAUAAUCAGAAUAGAAACGAUAAUUCUAGCAAAGAGAAUUAUGACACUUGGAACGAAGUUCGUGGACAAAAUUGUCCAAAAUCAUAUUAUGUUCGUGACAAAGAUCCUCCUCUUUGUCAGAGACCUUUUAUGAAAACUGAUCUCAACUCAGUCUUGGAUUAUGAACAAAAAUGUUCAAGUGGUGAGAAUCGUUUUAGGUAUGAUAGAAAGAAUGUUGAAGAUGAUAAGAAACAACUUGAUAAUAUGAAGGAAAAAUGCUCAAAUAGGAAGCAACAGAAUGAUAAUUUUGGAAGAUACAAUGGGAAUGGAUUUUCAAGUGUUGAAAAUUCAAAUUUACAACAGAACAUGACGUCUGGUUGGGUAAUAGAUGGGGCGAGUAGCUCUCGAAGUUUACACAGUCAUUCUUCAGCAAUGAGAAACUCUAGCAAAUUCAGUGAAGUUCGUCAACAUUUUUUAUACAAUUCAGAGGCAAACAAUUAUUUGACGGAAGGUACUGCUAACAAUGAUGAAAAAAUGCGACAAGAAUUAGGUGGAAAUAUUCCAGCUUCUGAUUCAGAAGAUUACCUUGGAAAUAAAAAAUACUCUGAAGAGAUGGUUAUUGUUAACAGUGAUAGUGUUCAAAUAUCAGGUGAUGGAAAUAGCAGUAUUUUAUUUAAAGUUUUUGAUCUGAGUCUGGAUGUCGACAAAUUUGAGAGAGAGUAUUUCAGUCAAGUAGUUAUUCCUCAAGAUACAAUCAUUGAUUCGAACAAAGUAUCUGGAGUUGACUAUACUGAUAAGUACAUUAAAAUUUUCCCUCAAUCAUCAUCACAAGAAAUAAUAUAUUUAAAAAAAGCUCUCACCAAUAAAUCUUCAAAUUUUUCCCACGAAUUUAGUCAGGAUCGCCUACCGAAUUCUGGAACUAUUGUUAGAGGAAAUACAACAAAUUCUGAACUGGUUGAUCCACAGUCAAGGAGCCAGGCUGUUUCAAUUGAGGGAUGUUACCUGAGUGAGCCAGUAUUCAGCCCUGGGGAGAGAGACAGUCAGUACAGAGGAUCAUAUCUAUCAAGUAGUGAUUUGGAUUAUAAUAAUUAUUCAAAACACAUCACCACUGAGAGUGUUCCUGAUAGUUCGAAACCGUGUGAAAAUGAACAGAAAUCAAUUUAUGAACUAGUGAUGGAAUCUAGUGAUGCGCUAGAACAGAAUUGGACUCCAGUAGAUAGUGUAACAGAGGGACUAACAGCAAGAGAAAUAGACAAAUCACCAAAAACAACAUUGAAUUACAAUAAUGACAAUGAGAAUGAAUGUGAGGAACCAGUGGCAAUUUCGAAUGAUACAGAUUCUUCUAAUGUAUCAUCAAACAAAGAAUCGUCCAUUCCACUUUCAUCUACAAAUAUCCUUCCUAGUUCUACAUCCAAUCUAGAAUCGAAAGGUUUGAAUAGAGAAAAAAUAGUUUCAAAUGAUCCACUUCAAGCUAAGGAUUGUAGUACUAUUCCAGUUAAGUUGAACUUGGUUGAUUACAUCACGCAGCAGUUUGAUGCAAAUUCCAAUGGAACAUUAUGUGCAGUUACUGGUUUCAAGGAGAAUGAAAACAAUAAAUGUAAUGUUGGGAAAACUAAGGAUAUCCAAAAGUCGUUUAUUUCUGUUGGUGUUCAAACUAACGGAAGUGUCAGUGACCCAAACGAGUGUGAAACUUUAUCAGUAACAGGAAUAAGUCCAUCUCGGGAAAGCGUUAUUGACAAAUUUGAAGAAAUUAUAACAAAAAAUUAUGGAAAUUCCGACAUUCCUGUAAACCCUGAUACUUCAAAUCAGACUUCUUCUGAGAAGAAUUAUAAGUUGGUCAAUCCUAAAUCAAAAUGCGACGAUACGAAAAGGGACUCAUCUAACUAUCGAUUAUCUGAUUAUCUUUGUGGUAUCAUUAAAUUAAAAAAUAGACCUGUAACAGAAGCUGAAUCCAAUUAUAAUAAUUGUAAAUCAAAUGAGUUGAAUGAAGUUGAUAAUAAUCUACGAGAGUCUGAAAGAGAUCCUGAAAGGUCAGUGUCUUCUGAUCAUAAUGAAAAUUACAAAAAAUGCAGUGCUUCGAAAAAGUUGGAUGCUCAGAAUUCAAAAAUAUCAAUUGGUUUACAAACAAGUGAUUUGAAUAGUUGCCCAACACCCCCAAAUUCAGUGGAAGAAUAUCGGGAAAGUAUGAGUGAAAGUGAAAGAGAAUCUAAGAGUGCUAUUAUCAGUGAAAUUUCUUCUCAAAAUUUGUCUGAUGUAAAUUGUGAAAUAGAACAUUCAGAAUCAAAAUGUGCCGAUUUGAAUGAAUCAGUGCCUGAUUGUUAUACACAAAUAGCCACAACCAGUGAUUAUCAAAGUUCAAGUGGUAUGAACACUAGUGUUGAAGACACUAAGAAAGAGAACACAACCAAAUCUGGACGAAUACAUUCAUCAGAUAUUGUGUUUAGGGAAGAUGAAGAUAGGUGUGAAUUAUUGAAAAAUGUGAAUGACCAGAAGUCUUGUAUAUCAGUUGGUGUACAAACAAAAGAAAGGACCAGUGAUUUGAAGGAUUGUACAUCUCCCUUAGUAUUAGAGAUAGAUUCAAGUCAGAAAUCUCUUGUAAGCAUAAGGGAAAUAAAUGGAAGGUCAGAGAUCCUUAUUGGCAAUGGUACUUCAGAUGGAAGUAAUUUUAAACCUGACUCAGAAUCGGGAGCAUCUUCAGCAUCGGGAGUGUCACAACCUUGUGAAAGUGACAUUCAGAAAUCACUAUCAAGCUUAAGAGAAAUUCAUAGAAAAUCUGAGAUUAUUGUUGAUAAUGAUCUGAAGAUUUCUGAAAAUAAUUGUAAAUCUGAAUCAGAAAAAUUUUCUGGAAUAUUACAAUCUUGUGAACGUGAGACCCAAAAAUCUCGAUCAAGCAUAAGGAAAGUCGUUGGAAAACGAUUUUCUGAAAAAAAUUGUCAAACAGACUUUAAAGAAGCUCAAUCUAAAGAUUGUCAGACAGACUUUGAUGAGUUGGAAGAAGCGAAAUCAAAAUAUUGUCCUAGUUCAUGCAAUUUGAAUAAUAGAUUUGAGAUGAAAGAUGUGAAUAGUAAUUGUGGUUCGAGGAAGCUGAAUAGUAUUCUUGAGAUUGAAGAAGUAAUAUCAAGUGAUGAUUGUGGUUUGAAUGAAUCGAAUGAAGAUGGUGGUAUUAUUCAAGAAUCUCAAACUGAUCCUGAAGAAGAAGUGUGUUCAGAUAUUGCCUCCAGAGAUAUUAAAGAUAGCUGCUGUGCUCCUUCAGAUCAAGCAGAUCAGCAGUCAAAGGAUGCUGAACCAACAACACAACAUGACUGUAUUUUGGAAGAGUGUCCAAAUCCAUCAGGCUCACAAAUCCCCCAAGCUACUGUUGCAAAUUCCAAGAUAACUACGAGAAAAAUGAUAAAACGGACAGAAUAUCUGAAUAAUAAAAGCACUUCGGAUCGAAAUUCUAGUGACACAACUCAAUCAAAACUUAAUGAUUCUAGUAGCGACUCGAGACAAGGUGCAUUAAGUGUCUCUAUUUGUAACUGCAGUAAUGGUGAGUGUUCCUCAAAGCAAAACUCAAAUGACAAAUCAAAAAAAUCUUGUUUCAAACAUUUAUCAACUUGUUUGAAAAGACAAAACUCCGCUACCCCAAAAAAUAACGACAAGCAAAUCAAUUUCCUGUUGGAGAACAUCACUCUUGAUCCCAGAAUAUUUUCCGAAAAAUGUGCUUUCAGUAAACUGAUGCCUGUUGAGAAAUCGCUGGCACUUUUCUUCAAGAGCAACUUGACGGAUAGUUACAGUCUGGAUGAUUUCAAAUCGAAUCUGACCUUGGGCGACUGGCGCUUGAACCCGUUUUUGGAGCGAAAGAUGGCCAAACAGCUGUUUGAUUUGUCUCUGUCUGAUAGCUCGCUUUCUUCAGAAAAUCCACUAGAAGAGGAAAAUAAAUUGAGCCAUGUACAAAUCUAUGCUGACCUGAAAAGUCCAAUUCUAAUUCCACGAAUUAACGUGCCAACAAUGACGAGCAGCAAAGAUGUGUUGGAAGACAUUGGACAGAAGCUGCCUGCUGCUGCACUUGAAUCCACUGCUGACUUGAACCUGCAAGCGGUCGCCUCCACUUCAAACCACUGCUUCAUCCACCAACAUGUCGAUGUCGAUGCCGAUGCUAUCCACCUUCAGUUCCAGCAAGUAGAAAACCUGGAAUGUCCAGAUACCUAUGAAACUACUAAGAAAGCAAUUGUGAAUGAUGUGAAUAUGACAACAAAUGGCUUCCAGGGUGAUGUAGAGACUGGACGCAUGAGACAGCAGGCUCUGCUGGAGAGCGAGACCAACCUGAGCGCCAAAAUCGCCGAGAUCAACAGCGUGUUGCACCAGCAGCUGGUGGAGCAGGACCGACGCAGGGCGCACAACGAAAUGCACAUGAAGAAGCAGUUCGAGCUCACUCGACACAAGCUGCUCACGGAAUUGGCCAAAGUGCAGACAGCGCUCAAGGCCAAGGAGGCCGAGGAAAAAGCGCUCAGAGAAAAGUAUGAGAAAUUGUCGCGAGACGUUGAGAAAACGGCUGAAAUUAAACGCAAGCAGCUGAUCGAAAAGUCGUACAGCUUGAAUUUGGCUCAUCCCUCUACUAUGUGGGAGAAGGAGUUGUCAAUGAAGCGUGCAGUGGUGCAAGGCCCAAUGCCCCCUCCCCCGCCCCCCAUGCCACCUCCAGACCUGCCCCCUGCCGAUGACCGAUUCAGCCACCUGUCGCUGCGUGCCCAGCUGCAUCACAGCAUCACCAAGCACAGAUCCAAUGCAAAAUACCCAUCGCAGCUGGCCAACCUAGCGACUAAUUGCAAUUCUCAAUUAGAAGACGUGGCAAGUGAAUCGAGUGCGAAUGCAAAUGCAAGUAGUGACACUAGCAGCGGCCAGCACUAGCAGCAGUGCAAAGCGUGAGACGUGAGAGCUUCUAACUGAAUUCAACUAAAAUUACAUUUCAAUUAAUUAAAAAAUAUCCAAUGAAUCACCCUCCAGAACAAAUUUCCAUGUUUUAUGUACCUUAGAAUGUUAAACAUUUUUGUAAACCACUAUUCCAAAUGAAUUUUAAAUUUAGGAAUGAAUUUUAAAUUAUAGUCAUGAAAAUUAGAAGGUAGGUAAAAAACACAAGUAUUGUGAAAUUGUUUAUUCAUAUGGUGUUGAGUCCUAUUAUAAAUGUCUAUUUUGCUAUCUUUCAAGUAUAUGUGUCAAUUUAUUCCUAGGAUGAAAGCAAAAAAGUUAUUUUUAUGAUUUGCAUUGCAUUUUGCACAGGAUAGAGUUGGUUCCAAGAUGAUGUUAUUCACUUGAUAGAAUGGUAUGUUAUUGAAAUGAUCAGUAUUGAAAUCAAAGCCAAGUAAGUAGUAAUUUCAAUUGUUAUAAUGAUGUACAAAUUAUUAAUGUAGAUCAUCUUUUGGAAUAAGGAAUUCGAAUUGAAGAUGGUUCAUUAUAAAUAAUAUUGUUAACAAAUUUACAAAUCAUUGUAUUUUGCUAUAACUUAGUUUUGUGAAGAAUUUUUUUCAAAUUUAAUUUUGGUGGUAUCAACUAUCAAUAGUAUUUUAAUUAGAGCUUCCUCUAAAUGCCAAACUCACAUUGAGCUAUUUUAACUCCAUUAUAAUCGUGGUUUUGGUACUACGAUGGUAUUAUAAAGAAAAUUUAUGUGUAGUUUUUUUACCAAUAUAACUUCACACUAGCUAGAUCCAAAAGUUGUGAGAAUGUUUACAAUAAUUCUCUUCUACAAUGGGAAAGACAGUGCUAUUUUAUAUAAAUGUCUAACAAAGUACUAUCCUAAAGUACUUGAAUUUAAAUACUAAAAUGUUAUGCAUUAGAUAGUAUCUUGAACGAGUUUAUGAAAAAUAGUAAAAUCUAAUAAUCUUUGUAAUGCUCAACAAAUAUUAUUGUAGUCAUUUUAAAAUAAACACAAAAAGUGAUCUCAUUGAUGCCAAACAAUAGUUAAGUUAAUAUUUAUUAGGAAAUUGUUAUGCAUACAAAUAUUGAAGUCUCUUCUCGUGAAAGUAUAAGGGUUGUGAUUUGAGCUUAUUUUUCACUGUUAUCAAUACGCUCAGAUACUAUUUUGUGUGAUUGUUAUUUUACUUUGAGCUCAAUAUAUU